AUGGGCAACAAGAAGAAGAAAAAGAAGGCGGCCGCGGUCGGGGGGCCACCCCCUGAGGUGAAGCAGGAAAUUGCGGAGGAAAUCCUGGCGCUUGAGGCAAUCUAUGGGGAAGACUUCCAACUGGACGCUGACGGCGUCGGCUUUGCGCUGCGCGUGGUGCCGCACCCGGGGGACGCGCAGGCUGGGUUCACGUCAGUCACGCUGCAUGUCCGCUACUCAGCUGGUUACCCAUGCCAGCCGCUGCAGCUGCGGCUGCGGGACCCCCAGGGCCUCCUGCCAGAGGAUGUGCGUGCCUUGUCAGCUUCCGUCGCCGACAGCGCGGCCGCCUAUGCGAAGCAGGAGGCGAUCUGCGUUUUUAACCUAGUGGAUGAGUGCCAGGAGUUCCUGAGGUCGCGCAACGCGGAGGCGGCGCGGCGCGCGGAAGAGGAGCGGGCGGCGGCCGAUGCGGAGCGGGAGGGCGAGGCGUCCUCGAGCGGCGCGCCGCAGCAGUCGCUGUGGCACGCCAUGCAGCAGCGCCAGCAGGCCGCGCGCGACGCGGCAGCGCAGCAGCGCGGGGACGACCUCGAGGCGUCGUUCAGCGGCGUGGGCGGCGGCGGUGAUGAGGAGCUGUUUGGAUUCGAUGGAGGCGGCCUGUUUGCAGAGGAGGGCGAGCACUCCUUUGCGCUCCCGACGAUCGCCGACGCGCCGCACGCCGCCGCGCAGCAGCCGGGCGCCGCUGCGCGUGGCACCGCGCGCCGCCAGCAAGCCGCCGCCGCGCGGGGCGGCGGCGGGGGCCGGCCGGAGUCUAGCCCGGAGGUCGUUCGGCGACGGCUAGCGCCGCUCACGAACUCAGAUUUGGCGACGUCACCCAGUGCCCCCAGCUUCAUGGCGCGCAUCGAUGCAGCCGGCAAGGGCCGGGCGCAACAGCAGGCCCAGCACGCUCAGCGUGGCGACGGCGCCGCGGGCGCGCAGCUGCGCGCCCUUGCAGGCAAGCCGGACGGCGGACACGGCGCAGAGCCGCCUAGAGCGGCUGCUGCGGUGACGGCGGCGGCGGCGUGUGUAGCCGGCGGUCCUGCGGAGGGAGCGGCGCUUGAGCAGCAGCAGCGGCAGGCCAGGGGGUGGCCGGCUGAGCGGUCGCGGUCAAAAACCCUGAGCUUUAGCAGCCUGCCCCUGCCGCUGCAGCAACUGCUUACGAGCGGCGGCGGCGCCAGCGGCAGGCCUGCGGGGCAGCGAAGCGGCAGCGGCCGCAAGGGCAGCGAGAAGGUGCAGGGCGGGAGUUUGGGCGAGCGGAGAGAGGGUGAGGGCGGGGGCGCAACCAUUGAAGGGCUGGUGCAGCUCACAGUCCAGCAGCAGCACCAGCAGCAGCGGCAGCAGCAGCAGCAGCAGCAGCAGGAGCAGGAGCACCAGGAUGGUGGCGCAGCUCCAGCGCCUAUGGGAUACUCAUUGGCAUUCGGCGACUUCAGCUUCAGCCUCGUGGAACAUGGCCCCGCCAGCAAUGACGGCGGCAACGGCCGCGGCGGCAGCGGCAGCAGCACGAGCGGCAGCGACAGCGGCAGCAGCAGCGACGGGGACGGCCCCGGCGCGGCCGCGGGCGGCGGCCGCAGGGGAGCUGCUGAGGGCGAGGGCUCAGAGCCGGAAGAGGAGCAGGAGCGCGUAAGCUUGCGCCUGCAGCUGCUGCUCGGGCACCUUCUCACGCUUGCGGCCUCCGGCGGCGCCGGCGCGCCGCUGCCGCCGCAGAGCGUCCCCGUCGUCGCCGGCGCGCUGCGGCGCGCGGGCCUGCUGCCGCGCUGGGUGCACUGGCUGCUGACGCACCCGUCGGCCUCGGCGACGCAGCAGCCCGCGGCGGCGGCUCCGGUAGGCGCAGCCGGGGGCGCGAACGCGCAGCUGGCGGCGGCGGGCGCGGCUUCUGGAAGUUCAGGAGGCAGUGUCGCGGCGGGCCCCAGCCUCGAGCUGUUUGACCGGGCCUUCAGGCGGCUCUUCGCAGAUGAGAUACGGGAGGCGUCGCGGCCGGAGGCGCUGCCCAAGCCGCCGCCCGCGCAGGCGCUGCAGCGGUUCUGGGACCGGUCGGCGCUCGCGGCCGCCGCCUCACAGCAGCAGCAACCCGCGCAGGCGUCCACCGCCGCGCCUUCGCCCCCGGCCCCGUCCCCGCUCACGCCGCCGCAGCCGCUGGCGUCUCCGCCCCAGGCCGCCGCGGCGUCGCGAUACAGAUCCGACUUUGUGGAGUUGCGCCGCCUCGGGCGCGGCGGCUUCGGCGUCGUCGUGGCCGCGACCAACCGGCUGGAUGGGCGGCAGUACGCGGUCAAGAAGAUCCGGCUGCAGCCGGGCGGCUCGGCGGGAAGCUACGGGCGUAUCCUCCGGGAGGUGGCGGCGCUGUCGCGGCUGCAGCACCCAAACGUGGUGCGGUACUUCCAGGUCCUGGAAGAGGGGCCUGGCGAGGAGGCCGACGCGUGGCAGGUGCUCAGGGGGCUGCUGCAGGGGCUGGCGCACAUCCAUGCGCAGGGCGUAAUCCACCGCGACCUGAAGCCGGCCAACAUCUUCUACGACAGCCAGGGCCAGGUCAAGCUGGGGGACUUUGGCCUCGCCAAGUUCAACCACUCAGCCUCUGGCGCCGCCGACGACCCCGCCGCCCCCGGCCUCGGCUCCCCCUCCCACGCCCACCGCAACAGCCAUGCGGGCGCCGCCGCCGCCGCCGGCGGCGCGGGCGGGGGGGACCUGCUGGGGGCGGCGGCAGCGGCGGCGGCGGCCAGCGGGACGGCGGGGCCGAGCGAGCGGACGGGUGUGUGUGGCACAAGUUGGUAUAUCAGCCCCGAGAUUGCAAACGGGUGGGCCAGCUACGACGAGAAGGUCGACCUGUUCAGCCUGGGGGUGGUGUGCUUUGAGCUGUGGCACCCCUUCUCCACCGCCAUGGAGCGCGCGCUGCUGCUUCGGGACCUGCGGGAAUUCGGACGGCUGCCAGAGGCCUGGGAGGCCAGGCACAGGGAGGUCGCGCGGCUCAUCAGCACCUACGAGAGGGUGGUGGAGGCGAUCUUCUCAACGUCGGCUGCAUCUGCCUCCUCAGCUGCCGCCGCCGCCGCUGACGUGGACGGCGGGGACGGCGGCGCGUCGGCCGCGGCGACGGGCGGCGGCGGCGGCGGCGGCGGCGCGCUGGGGCCGAUGAGUCUGGGGGAGCUGCCUGGGGCGCCCCUGAACGUGCACGUAGACGUGAGGGACGCUGUGACCAGGGUGGCCCGUGACGUCUUCAGGGCCCACAGCGCGGUGCCUGUGGCCAGCAAUGUCGUGGGCAUCGCGCACGCGGGGCUGCCGCGGGACGCGGUGCGGCUGCUCGCGCCCUCCGGAGCACAGAUCAGCCUGCGCUACGAGUCGCGCUACCCCUUUGCAGUCUGGCUGGCUCAGCAGGCCGCCCUCGCCGGCGGCGGCGCGGCGCCGGCCGGGCCGCUGGACAGCAUGAGGCGGUACGAGAUCAGUCACGUGAUGCGGGCGGGCCGCGUGAGGGGCCUGCCCGCCACGUACCUACAGGCUGACCUGGACAUCGUGGCGCCUGUGGCGGGGGCGGGGGUGGCGGAGCGCACGCUGGCCGAGGCCGAGGUUAUCAAGAGCCUAGCACAGGUGCUUGACGCCCUGCCUGAUGAGCUGGGCCACUACGAGGUCAGGCUCAACCACAGGGUCAUCCGCCAGGCCGCCAUCGCCGCCCUGGCUGUCCCCCGGGAGACCCUCCCCUCCGCGCUCCUCCUCCUCGGCACCGCCGCCCCCGCGUCCCCCGCCCACCCCGAUGCCCGCGCCAAGCUGUGGCCCUCCAUACGCGCGGGGCUGGACGGGCUGGGGCUCGAUUCGGAGCCGGUCAGCCGCUGCCGCCGCUGCGUGCUGCAAGUGCCCGGCACCCUCCCAGAGGCGCUGCCGCGGCUGCGGUCAUUCCUACGGGAGUGCGCCCCGCCCUCAAAGGCGGCCGGCGGCGGCGGCGGCGGCGGCGGCGGAGGGGCCGGCGGCGGCAGCGCGGCGGUGAGGGUGCCGGGGCCGGCGGCGUGGGGGGCGGCGAUGGACGAGCUGUCUACGCUGGCUGGGCACCUGGCUGUGUGGGGGCUGUCCGACGUCCAGGUGCUGCUGGACCCGCUGCUGGCCCCCCUGGGGGACUACUUCAAUGGGGCCCUCUUCCAGGUGCACCUCGUGUCCCCGGCAAGCGGGCUCUCAUCCCAGGUGGCGGCCGGCGGCCGCUACGACGCGCUCGUACGGUCCCUUUGGUCUCCGGCUGCGCUGGCGCUGGGGCCGCCGCCCGGGGCGGUUGGGGCCACACUGAACCUCGAGCGCCUCGUGAAGCUGGUGUCGCAGGCGAGUGACGCCGGUGACUCACCGGUGGAUCACUGGUGA